AUGGCCUGGGAGCCGUGCUCCGACGCUGAGGACGCCGACACCCCGAAGCUGGUGUCGGCGGGGCCGGCGACCAGAGAUGGAGUCCAGCUCGAUCCGGAGGUCGUCAUCUGGGACGAGAGUCGGCGCUGCUUCGCCUUCCACUGGGCUGGGCUCUUGGAGCCGCAGUCUGCCAAGAGGUUCUUCCAGGAUCUUCAGACUGGCGCUCCGUGGGACCAGUUGAAAGGCAAAAAGGGGCAGGUGAUGCGCUCGACCUGUUGGUACGUGCGGGGGGGCUGCAGCUGCGACUACACCUACGGGGACGCGCGGGUGAGCGUCACUCAGAAGCCGUCAUGCUCCUUCAGGCGCACCAUGGAGGAGCUUACGGCUUUGGUGUUCUCCACUCUGACGCCAAAGUUGGGCCCGGAACACUGGCCCAACUCGGCCAACCUCAACUACUACGCGGACGGCACCCAGUCGGUGGGCUGGCACUCGGACGAUGAGAGCCUCUUCGGAGGGAAGGGCCAGGACUGCUCCAUCGUGUCCCUCUCUUUGGGUGGCCGACGUGAGUUCUGGAUGGCGCUCAAAGACAGCUCCAUGGAACCCAUUCAGGAGAGCGUGGUAGAGGUGGACCUGCGCGAUGGAGACAUCAUAAGCAUGGAAGGCCUCAUGCAGAAGCACACCGUCCACUUCCUGACCCGCGAGCCCCCUCAGCGCGCGGAGUUCUGGCCCCCCCGCAUCAACAUCACCUGGCGCUGGGUGUUGAACCACCGCCGCGGCUGUGCUCUGCGCUGUGAGGCUGCGCCGCUUCUGUCAGAAGUUCUGCCGGCCACAGGACGCGAGCCCUCGAAACAUCAGAUCAAGCUCUGGCGUGAGGGGCGCGCGGUGGAAUGGAGAAGCUGCAUGGAAUGCAGACACAAUGGAUGGCAGGGAGGCCGCAACUGCAUCGAAGAAGGGGGUCGCUGGCUGUGCCGUCGUUGCGCCGACUCGGCCCAAAGCGGCGAGGAGGAGAGGUCCACGGAGCGCGCGGCGCGGCUGCUGCAGCGGCGCCUGGUGGAGAAGGUGAAGCUGCUGCAGAGGAGGCGGAGCCUCAAGAAGGCCUGGGAGAGCUUUUGCGAGGCGGGGCUCAGAGAUCCGGCCCGCCAUACGCCUGCAUCCCUGCUAUCUUGGCUGGAGACGGUGGGCGAGGUGCCAGACGACUUGCAAGUGCUGCUUCAAAAGGCGAAAGCGCAGCUGGCAGAUGCAACGAGAGAGGACAAUGUGAAGGUCUGCGCGACCGCGGCCCACCGGCCCGGCGAUUUCGGCGGCGAGAAGAAGCGAGGCCAAAGUCUCGCGGGGCGCUGA